CUCAGUGGAAAAAUACUGCAGGGAAGUGGUAUAUCUUUAAACUUUGUCAGAGCAAAACCCUUUUGGAAGUUGGACGAGAUCCUGCAGUGCACCAAGCUGAGAGGAAUACUGUUGUCACUAUACGCAACUCUUGGGGGUGGGUGCUUUGUGAUGGAGGGACCAGUCCUUCAAGGAAACAGCACUGAGAUGCCCGGUCCAGAUAGGAAUCUGGUGAAGAAGGCACCACUGUUGGAUCGAGGCCAGUGGGGGAACAAGUUGGAAUUUCUGUUGGCUGUAGCAGGAACUCUAGUUGGGCUAGGAAACCUGUGGAGGUUCCCCUAUUUGUGCUACAAAAAUGGGGGAGGUGCAUUUCUGGUUCCUUACUUCUUGUUUCUGCUCUCUUGUGGCAUUCCGAUGUUCCUCUUGGAGACGGCCAUGGGACAGUUCACAUCUCAAGGAUGUAUUACCUGCUGGAGGCACUUCUGCCCCUUGUUUGAAGGUAUUGGCUAUGCUACCCAGGUUGUGAUUGCGUAUGCUGCCGUGUCAUACAUUGUCAUCCAGGCGUGGGCCUUCUUUUACCUCUUCUCGUCCUUCAGCGCUGAGAUCCCAUGGGCCAGCUGCAGAAACACCUGGAACACAGAGUUUUGUGUUGAAUUUGAUAAAACAAAUGCGUCAUCAAAUUGGACAGCAAACGCAACAACGCCUGCAACAGAAUUCUGGGAGAGACGAGUGUUGGGCAUAUCUAAUGGGAUUGAUGAGAUUGGUAGCCUGAGGUGGGAGUUGGCCUUGUGUCUCUUACUGGCGUGGAUCCUUUGCUACUUCUGUGUUUGGAAAGGAGUGAAAUCCACUGGAAAGGUGGUUUACUUUACUGCCACUUUCCCUUAUGUGAUGCUGGUAGUUCUGUUGGUUCGUGGACUCACUUUACCAGGAGCUAUGGACGGCAUCGCUUUCUAUCUGUAUCCCGAUCCAAAAAGAUUGGUGGACCCUCAAGUUUGGAUGGAUGCAGGUGCACAAGUUCUUUUCUCGUUUGGGAUUUGUCAGGGGAGUUUGACGGUUUUGGGCAGUUACAAUCAAUACAAUAAUGAUUGCUACAAAGACACGUUUAUUCUAUGUUUGGUGAAUGGCGGGUCAAGCUUUGUGGCAGGAUUUGCCAUCUUUUCAGUUUUGGGCUUUAUGUCCUACGAACAAGGACUGCCAAUAUCUGAAGUGGCUGCUUCUGGACCUGGCUUGGCAUUUAUUGCCUAUCCACGAGCGGUAGCCAUGAUGCCUUUUCCUCAGUUAUGGGCUAUAUGUUUCUUCAUCAUGGUCAUCUUGUUGGGUGCAGAUACACAGUUUGUGAGUCUGGAGUGUCUGAUGACCUCUGUGACGGACAUGUUCCCCGCCGUGUUUCGAAGAGCUUAUCGCCGAGAGUUGCUGCUGCUGUGCCUCUGCUCCGUGUUCUUCUUCCUCGGCCUCCUUCUCGUCACAGAGGGAGGCUUAUAUUUCCUUCAACUUUUUGACCAUUACGUUUGUAGUGGCAACAAUCUUUUCCUUCUUUCAGUGUGUCAGUCGAUAGCAAUCGGAUGGAUAUAUGGUGCAGAUCGUCUCUUUGACAAUAUUGAAGACAUGGUAGGUUACCGUCCAUGCUCCAUAAUGAAGUACUUCUGGCUUUACAUUACCCCCACUGUUUGUCUGGGUACCUUCAUCAUUUCGUUGGUGAGAUACAAGCCUCUCAAGUUCAACAAAACCUACGUCUAUCCCACCUGGGCUUACGCUUUGGGCUGGUGCCUCGGACUGUUCUGUGUUCUCUUGGUUCCUCUGUGGAUGAUCUUUAAACUUACGCAGAUGAAAGGGACUAUAGGGGAGAAGCUCAGGCAGCUUUGUCGCCCUGAAAUCAAGACUCCCUGCACAGCGAAGCAAGCUGAGCAAUGCCCCUUGAACCCAGACAUCACUCUCACUCCUGCUAACAACGAAUACAAAGCAAGUGGUGGAGCUGAGAUGGAGAUGCAAAUGUGAGAAACUGAACAUUAAAAAAAAAAAAUCAAA